AUGUGAACGUCGUACGAGGUAAAGUCUGAACAGAUAUCACAGAUUCAACGCCACGAGAAUACAAUCAUAUAGCACGUAUUAAAGGUUCAAUAAUGGACUCAGAAGACCGAAUAGAAAGGAUUGUUGAUAUCUACGUCAGUGCAGAGGCUGUAAGAGACAUGAAACAUAAGAAAGAGACAGAAGACUUCAACACAGAAGAACCCCGAACACCUCCACACACAGGAAGUGAUGGUGUGACGAUCUCCAGAGCAGCUGGUGUGUGUUUGGGGCUGAUGUGUGUUCUUCUGAUGACUGCAGUCAUAGUGUUGUGUUUCAUCUUCACUCAAGAGAGACAACAGCUGCAGACUAAGAUCACCAACCUGCUAACCAACAAUAUGAACCUCACAGAAGAGAGACAACAGCUGCUAACCAAGAUCACCAACAUCACAGAAGAGAGAGACGAGUUAAAAUCAGAAAGAAAUGAUCUUCAGAAGAAGUUUGCGGAUGGAUGGAAGUGUCAUCAAUCCAGUCUUUACUUCUUUUCCUCUGAGAAGAAGAACUGGAAUGAGAGCAGAAGAUACUGUAGAGAGAGAGAAGCAGAUCUGAUCAUCAUCAACAACAGAGAGGAACAAGAUUUUGUGAAGAAUAUUUGUGGUUCUGAUCAUUUCUGGAUUGGUUUGACUGAUGUUGAAGAGGAGGGCAGAUGGAAAUGGGUUGAUGGCAGCAACAGCAACAUCACCUCUGGGUUCUGGGCGCCCAAAGAGCCAAACAAUCAGGGAAAUGAAGACUGUGCUAACACUCAUUCAUCAGGAUGGGACCUGAAGUACUUGGCUAGGCCUCCCCAGAAACAGACAAGAACCGAGCCGUCCCACGAAGGUCCUGGUGUAAUCCUCAAUGCUCCGAUCUCCCUGGUGGACAUCGAGAAACUUCCCUGCUGGACCCAUGAUCGCUGGCUGAAUUCUGUCACCACACAGUGA